GCCUCUCUCGAACGACGAAGAUUGUACACGACAGAAAGCGGCGAUUCCCGUCUUGCCUUAGAACCCAUUCAUACUCACCUCAUUAUGGAGCAAGGAAAUACAAACGCAUCCAGGCUCACGACUCCCCCUCCGCGGCCACCCGGAAAUCUGGAGCUUACUCCAGAGCAAGUGAAGCGGGUAGAGCUUAACAGACUGAAAGCGAAGGCUAGGCAACGUGAGCGUGAAUUGGAGGCCGGUCCUUCUUCCGUACCCAACAGCCAGGGCAAGCGGACCAUGGGUGUCGUCCCUGCGGAUUCAACAUCACCAACAGCCCCUAAGCCGCCUACGAAACUCAGACGCGACUCGCGGCUAGGGAAAUACUUCGAGUAUGACUUAUCGAAGAUGGUCAAUUCCAAAGGAGGAUUCUUAGUGGAGGACGGGAAGGAGAUUGACGAGCAAUUACGGGCCAAGGAGAAGGAACGCGAAAGGCAAAGAGCGAUGCAGAAUUUGGAACCUCCGCUCUUCCUUGAUCCAAAUCUCAACCCGAAAUGCGUAGAAUGUCAGUCGAUCGACAUAGACCAGACGUAUAAGAAGGUCUUUGGCUGUCUCGUGUGCAAUAGAUGCAAGAACGAGAAGCCAGAGAAGUAUAGCCUUCUGACAAAGACAGAAUGUAAAGAGGAUUACCUAUUGACCGAUGCGGAACUCCGAGAUCAAGAGCUAAUGCCGCAUCUGCUCAAGGCCAAUCCUCACAAAUCCACCUUUGCAAACAUGAUGCUGUUCCUCAGGUAUCAGGUAGAGGAAUUCGCAUGGAAGAAGUGGGGAUCGCCGGAAGCCCUGGAUGCAGAGUGGGAGCGGCGGACGGCUGAGAAGAAGAAGAAGAAGAAUAAGAAAUUCGAAGAAGGAUUGAAGGAGCUGCGGAGACGGACACGGGAAACAGUUUGGCAGAAGCGAAAGGACCAGGAGCACAAACAUGUUUUCGGAGUGGUCGAGAAAGGUGCAGACGGUGUCGGCCAGCAAGUAUGUCACGAGUGUGGCUUCACGAUUGAGGAGGAACACGAGCAGAUAUCCACCUCCUUGGAGGUAGAGCAGCUCGACACCAACCUCUUCCGCUCCAAGUCACUAUGGCUUCCGAUUCGCUCUAGAGGAGUCUACGGUGGACAGGUCAUCUCGCAGGCCCUCGUGUCGGCUACGAACUGUGUGUCUCCGGAUUACGCUCUGCAUUCUUUGCACUGCUAUUUCCUGCUGGGCGUGUCGCCAGCCAUUCCGAUCAUCUACCAGGUGGUGCGAGUACGUGAUGGCCGCUCGUACGUGACACGGACGGUCAGUGCCGUUCAGCGCGGCCGCACCGUAUUCGUGAUGCUCUGUUCGUUCCAAAGGCCUGAGCGUGGGCAGCCUGUCCAUCAAUGGCCCAUGCCUCCCAACGUACCGAAUCCGGAGAAUUGCGAAGAUGUACAAGAAUACUACGAACGCAUGCUUCUUCGCAAAGAUCUGGACCCCAGGCUCAGAGUGUAUGCGGAGGAAUACAUACAGGAGCGUAGGAAGAGCCCAAUGGGAGUCAAAACAGCGGGUAUUACCAACGCGUCUGACGGUGCUACUGUUUAUAUGUGGUGGUUCAAGGCGAGGAAUAUCCCGAAGUAUGACGCCCCUUUCCAGAAGUGUAUCCUGGCCUAUAUAUCAGAUUCUCAAUUCGUCGGGGUCGUGCGACGUACACUGGGUCUGAAUUCACACACUGAGGGUCCCAAGCAACUCAAUAUGCUGAUCUCCUUGGAUCACACCAUGUGGUUUUACGACAAUUCUUUUGACUGUGGUGAUUGGAUCCUCUACGUGGUCGAGUCGCCACGGGCUGGCAACGGUCGGGGAGUUGUGCAUGGCAGAAUGUACAGCCGUAGUGGAACGUUGAUUGCAGUCGCCUCUCAAGAAGGCGUCGUUCGCGCUAGAGGGGACGGUGCUGCACAACAACCGCACAAUAUCAAGUCGAAGAUCUAGCUCGGGAACAUAUGGAUAACACACUCAUGUUCAGUUCAACCUUAGACCGUAGCUUACGUGACCGAGGGACAGUUUAUCUAAUACAGGAGCGGAAUAUAAGUGCAUAGUGAGCUUGG